CCUUGUUAAAUAGGCACUGUAUUGUACCCCUCCCCUUCAAUCUUCAUCAUCUCAUUCUUCCUUUUCGCUAUUGGGCUUCAAAAAAAUGAGCUCUUGCGGUUUGAAAUGCUCAACAACACAGGGGAUGCAUGGGGGGCUAGAAGACAUAGACGAAAAUGGUGGCAUGAGUUGGGCAGGCGAGGCUUGUGCCCCGCCACCGGAAACUCCAACGGAGUCCAUGGAGUUUCUGGCCAGAUCAUGGAGCCUCUCUGCCAUGGAGCUCUCCAAAGCUCUUUCCCACACUCAUGUUAAUGUUGCUUCCAAAAAUCUUGACAACAACAAGUCUGCCUUCACUUCUACUGAUGGUGUUGGUUCGCAUAAUACAGUUUCCAUGCGUUUAGGAGAGCCUCCAAGUGGGGGUAGCCCUCCAAUUUCACCAAGAGACAGUGAAGAAAUGAAGGAGUUAUUUUUACUGCAUCAAGCACUCCACCCAGAGUUCCUUUCCACUCAACAGCAAUUGCUCAAUAAUGGGCUAUACAAGAGCAUUUUGCGAGGGAAAACAAUGGGAAGGUGGUUGAAAGAUCAAAAGGAGAGGAAGAAGCAGGAACUCAGAACCCAAAAUGCUCAGUUGCAUGCAGCUGUUUCUGUGGCUGGGGUUGCUGCUGCUGUAGCAGCAGUUGCAGCUUCAACUGCAUUGCCUGAAACUUCAGCUGCCCACCAGAAAGGGCCACUAAUAUCAGAGCUGAGGACCGAAACAUCAGCUGCACUAGCAUCUGCGGCUGCUCUUGUAGCGUCGCGUUGCAUUGAGAUUGCGGAGGAAAUGGGAGCUGAUCAUGACCACAUUCUAUCAGUUGUCAACUCUGCAGUAAAUGCAAGGACGAAUGGAGAUAUCAUGACCUUAACUGCUGGAGCAGCUACAGCUUUACGAGGAGCUGCUACACUAAAGGUAAGGCUGCAAAAGGAGUACGGAGGCACGAACUUGGUUCUGGCUGACGAAAAACUUGAAGGAAAAGAAUCAAAUUCAGCACUGAACUUUGUCACUAGAGGAGGUGAACUCCUCAAACGUACAAGGAAAGGUGAUCUCCACUGGAAGCGAGUUUCUUUCAACAUUAAUUCAAAUGGGCAGGUUGUAGCCAAAAUGAAAAGCAAGCACAUGGCGGGAACAUUUACGAAAAAGAAGAAAUGUGUAGUCUCUGGAGUCUACAGUGACAUCCCAGCCUGGCCGGGAAGAGGGAGGGAAGAUGGAAGCAAACCAAGGGCAUACUUUGGGAUAAAAACAGCUGAAAGGACAAUAGAAUUUGAAUGCAAGAGUAAAGGUGACAAACAUAUGUGGACUGAGGGGAUCCACCAUAUGUUGAAUUUCAUGCCAACAUAACACAAUUCCAAGGAAG